GAAAGACUAGUGCUGCUGUAGUCCUGGCCAAACACUACAGUGCAGCUUGCUUGUCCAUUGACUCAGUGAUCCUGGAAGCCAUCUCAGAUGGGAGCAGUUCAGCAGGGCUUCGUGCACGGGAACUCUGCAUUCGAGCAGCUCUUGAGCAGGCACAGCGAGAGAACGAGGAUGGUGGAACCGAGGGGCCACCAGCACUCACUCUGGGCAACAGGCUGAGUACGGAGGCCUUGGCCAAGCACACCUCGGAGGGCAGCCAGCACAGCUCCGAGUCCAAGACGGGGCCCCUCUCCACCGUCUCCCGGGGCUACAGAGGAAGUAUGGCCGCAGCCAAAGGCAAGCCGGAAAGCCACCUAUCUCAGAAGCAGCAGCAGCAGCAACAACAGCAUCAGCAGCAGCAGCAGCAGCAGCAGCCUGAUCAGCCUGGAUCCCAGGUGCCCUCCAGUCCUAUUCCCAGUGCCCCCAUCCAGCGACGCCUCAGUGUCAGUGCCAGCGGGGCUGGGGAUUAUGGGCUGAUGAGUUGUGUGCUUCCAGAUGAGCUUUUGGUGGAGAUUCUUUCGGAGAGGAUGCAGCUGAGUGAUUGCUAUCGUGGCAUGGUGUUCGAUGGGUUGGAAACUAUGUUUGCCCGCAACGUGAUAUCAGCACUCCUCUGCCUACUCAAAGCUAUCAACAACCGGCGAUAUAUCUAUUUUGUGAACCUCUUCCAGGAUUUUGCUGCUAUGAAAGCUAGAGAAAAAAGCAAGCAAGAGGAGGAAGAAUGGGAACAGCAGGAAGCUAUUGCAAGAGAGAAGGCUCGUCUUCAGGAAAUGGAUGAAGAGGAAUAUGAUGCUCUUACUGAAGAACAAAAAAUCCAGUUUGAUGGUGAACUGUUGCAGGCAUUACGGGAGAGAAAAAGAAGGGAGCUGGAGAAGCUGGCUCGAGAGCUGGAGGAAAAGAAACAUCAGCAAGAACUGGAGCGCCUGCGGGAGGAAGAGGAGAUGAAAAAGAAAUCCAAGCGAUAUAAGAGGGAUGGGGGAAAAGAGAAAGAAGAGGCAGCAGGAAAAAAGGCCCAGCAAGGAGGGAAGCAAAAUCCCACCAUAUCAGCUUACAAAUCAGAUGGGAGGUUGAAUGAAGGGAUAGAGCGAAAAUCUUCUGCAAAGGAGCGUCCAGAUGGGAGCGUCAAUGACAAAGAGGAGAAGAAAAAGAAGAGUAGAAUGGCCCUGCAAAAUGGCCAGCCAGGGGUGGUGCUUCUUCCAGCCCAGGAAGAGGAGGAAGCAGAAAAGGACAUGAGUGAGAGUGAGAAAAGCUUGGCACAGCGGUUCAAGCUGUACGAGGCCACCCAGAAAGAGAUUGUUCAGAUCCUGGCCUUCUGGGACAGGGUUCAGUUGGUUCAGCUGCAGCCGCCAGGCUCUGAGGAUAAGCAGGAAGAAGCUGAGGAUCAGCGCCAGGCUCCGUCCGGCCGCAAAGGCAGGAAGGAUCGGGAAAGAGAGCGCCAGGAGAGACUGGAGAAGGAGAGGGCAGAGAAGGAGCGUCUGGAAAAGGAGAAAGCAGAGAGAGAACGUCUGGAAAGGCUCAAGGCAAUAGAGGAUAGCAGAAUUGCUGGACUGGAGGGAGAAGGAGGAGAAGGCGCCGAGAAGGACAUUGGAAUCCCGUCCUUGGAAAUUCACGUGCUCAGUUCUGAGGACUCCAGUGGCAAGAGGAUCCUGGAAAGUGGCAAGUUGCCCAAUGUAAUCCAGAUCUUGAAUGGUUUGGGGCUGGGCCCUUCAGGGCCACCCAUUCCUCCCACAGCCUUUUUCUCUGUGAUCCCAUACCCGGAGAAGCGACCAGCACAAGUUGCCUCAGAAUCUCUCAAGCACUUCACCUUCAUCAUCCCAGAAGAACUGAGUGCAGAGGAGGAGAAGAAGGAUGUGGAGAGUGGUGUGGAGAUUCCAGUGAGUCUCCCUGUGGCAAAGGAGGAACUGGCCACCCCUUCUCGAGGCAAGUCCAGGAAGGAGAAACCUGAGAUCCUCCGUGAAGUCCCGAAGGACAAGAAAAGUGCCUCUCGCGGCAGAAAAGGCAUUCAUUCCAGCCCCGGCACAAUGACGACUUUAUCUGAGCUCGAUCAGGGCAGCCUAACAGGGGAACCCUCCAGUGAGAAGCUGCUCAGGCUGAGUUGCUUUCGCUGGAUUGUCCCUGCUAAUGGAGAAGUUUCAAUGCGCAUCCAUUUCUCUUCCACCAAAACGGGACUCUUUGAUCAGGUCCUACGCUUCGAAAUCCUGGGAACUCGGAGGCAGUAUCAGGUUUGCUGCAGGGGCACCUGCACCUACCCCACCAUCUGCCAAGAUCCCACGAUAGUGUUCCCCCACCGUAAGAAGAAUAUCAAGCCUGAUGAAAUUGUGUUCAAGAAGUACAUCAUGAGUUUGGGUGUGUUCCACUUUGGUCCUUUGCUUUGUGGCAAGUCAAGAGAAAAGUACAAGGCUGCGCGUUAUCCCAAUCACUUUGAAAAGAUCACCAUUCUCAACAUAUCCCCUUUGGAGGCCGAAGUGCAUUUCUUCUUCCAACAUGACUCCAGGGCAAUCACCUACCUCUUGGAUCCGCCUAUGCUCGUGCUGAAGCCGAACCAGAAGCAGGUGUUGACUGUCUGGGCGUAUCCAACAGCUUCUGGUCUGUUUGAGGACAGCAUUGUCUGUUGCAUUAAGGAGAACCCAGAGCCUGUAACCUUCCGGAUAUGUUGCCAGGGAGUUCGUCCAGAACUGGAGCUGGACCGUCGACAGCUGCAUUUUGAGAAGCUGCUGCUGCACAGAAAGGAAACAAAAUCGCUUUACCUAAGGAAUGGGACUCCAUUACCAGUAGCAUGGCGGAUCAGCGGCCUGGAGAGCAUUGGCGAUGACUUCAGCUUGUCAGAUGACAUAGGCCUCAUUGAGCCCUUUUCAGAGCACUGCCUGCUGGUGAAUUUCAAGGCUACAAAGGCCCUCAACAUUAAAAAGGCUAUCCGGCUGGAGGUUUCCGAUGCAGAAAACAUUCUGGGGAUUGUUCAGAUUGAAAAUAUACAGAUCAUUGCUGAGGCCUACGAUGUUGCCCUAGACAUCAGUUUCCCCAAAG